CGCCAGCUCCCAGGGCCCGGCCCGCGCCGGCGCCCGCGCUCUCGGGCGGACUCCCGGCCCUCCGCGCCCUCCCGCCCGGCGAUGGCCCCGCUCGGAUACUUCUUAUUCCUCUGCGGCCUGAAGCAGGCGCUGGGCAGCUACCCGAUCUGGUGGUCCCUGGCCCUUGGGCCACAGUACUCGUCCCUGGGCACGCAGCCCAUCCUCUGUGCCAGCAUCCCGGGCCUGGUCCCCAAGCAGCUGCGCUUCUGCAGGAACUACGUGGAGAUCAUGCCCAGUGUGGCAGAGGGCGUCAAGAUCAGCAUCCAGGAGUGCCAGCACCAGUUCCGUGGCCGCCGGUGGAACUGCACCACUGUCAACAACAGCCUGGCUAUCUUUGGCCCUGUGCUGGACAAAGCCACCAGGGAGUCCGCCUUCGUGCACGCUAUCGCCUCGGCCGGCGUGGCCUUCGCCGUGACGCGCUCGUGCGCCGAGGGCUCGGCCGCCAUCUGCGGCUGCAGCGGCCGCCAGCAGGGCUCGCCAGGCGAGGGCUGGAAGUGGGGCGGCUGCAGCGAGGACAUCGAGUUCGGCGGGAUGGUGUCCCGGGAGUUCGCGGACGCGCGAGAGAACCGGCCGGACGCUCGCUCCGCGAUGAACCGCCACAACAAUGAGGCCGGGCGCCAGGCCAUCGCCAGCCACAUGCACCUCAAGUGCAAGUGCCACGGGCUGUCGGGCAGCUGCGAGGUGAAGACCUGCUGGUGGUCGCAGCCCGACUUCCGCGCCAUCGGUGACUUCCUCAAGGACAAGUACGACAGCGCCUCGGAGAUGGUGGUGGAGAAGCACCGCGAGUCGCGCGGCUGGGUGGAGACGCUGCGGCCGCGCUACACCCACUUCAAGGUGCCCACGGAGCGCGACCUGGUCUACUACGAGGCUUCGCCCAACUUCUGCGAGCCCAACCCCGAGACGGGCUCCUUCGGCACGCGCGACCGCACCUGCAACGUGAGCUCGCACGGCAUCGACGGCUGCGACCUGCUGUGCUGCGGCCGCGGCCACAACGCGCGCAGCGAGCGGCGCCGGGAGAAGUGCCACUGCGUCUUCCACUGGUGCUGCUACCCCACCUCUUGGGUUCCAUCCGCCUCCUGCCUCGUCUGUGUAGAGGGCUCUCCUGGUGGAACCAGCCGCGGAGACUGGUGCGGUGGCAUCUGGUCCCUGCUUCCUCUGGGGUCUGGGGGCCAGCCUCCCAGUGCAGCGCCCUGGAACUUUUCGGGCGCCAGGAGGCCUAUGGCACCCCUCCCUCGACCUGGGGUCGGCCCUAUGGGGAGAGCCUUCGUCCUGCAGAGCCCCACUAACGGCACCGGCUCCGUCUGGGGGAGGAGAUGGAGCCUGACAGCGGGAGGCCGAGGAGCGGCCUGGCCCGAAGGCCCCGCUCUGCCCCGGCGGCCCUGUGCCCUGGCGUCAGACAUCCGGGCCUCUUCCCAGUGACCGUCCCUACUGUGGCCCAGGCCCCAGCCAGGGCUCUCUAGGCCUGAUCAGCUGUGCCCUCUACUUUGCAGCUGUCGCAAUGUUCCACCACCUGUCCCUCCCUUCUUCCUAACAUCUCCCACCUGCACCGGGUCCCUCCAUCCACGGAGAGAAGCAAAGCCUGCUGACCCGCCCUGCCCUUGCCUCCUUCUUGGCCUCAGCACCUCCCUCAGUCCCUCCUCCACAGCCUCUUGUAAGGGGAAGACAGGAAGGGAGCCCAGAGCCACUGGCCUGUGCCACCAUCCCGGCCGCCCAGCUCCUUCACCUGCCUCGGAGGCUCACUUUGGGUUGGAUCGAGUUGUUUGGGAAUUUGGGGAGGAUAAGCCCAUGACGGUGCUGCAGACAGAGAACCCACAGCUCCAAGAGGCGUGGUCUCCCUCCUAGCCCCUCAUGGCCAGGACUCGCCCCCGGGUCCUGCUGCUACGGCUAUGGUGUGCCAGAUCUGCCUAUCCCUGGCCGUUGUCCUGGAGCCUCUGGCUGGCUGCUCGGCCCUCCUCGCCUUCUGACUGGUCCACCUGGCUUGGGAACGAGAGAGGCCACUCUCCUACACCAGCGCCCACAUGGACUUCCGGCCAGGUGCUGCCACGCGAGACCCCUGCUCGCUCAGCCUCUGCCACUGUGAAACGUCCCCCUACCCCUGCCCCUGAGGACCCACCCUCCAGGCAGGAGGAGCCUUUGUGCAUUCCCCUCGGGGGACUCGACCUUCCUCUGCCUUGAAUUUUGCAUUUUUGUUUUAAUUUUAUUUCCGAUGCUGCUAUAUCCACCAUACACUGGAGCUAGACAAACAGAUGUGUUGUUGUUUUUUUCCUUUUCUUUCUAUGAAAGAAAUUAUUUUAGUCAUAGCUUGUGAGUUGCAAACAACGGGGAAAGUG